CUUUCAUUCAUGGUUUUAUUUUAUUUCUUCUUCUAUUAAUAUAUUAAAACUAAAAUUAAUAAUUACUAAAGAUAAAAAAUAUAAAUGAAAAAUUGGUUGUUAAUGUCAAUUAAAAUGUAGUAUUUUCGUUUCCCUAAUUCGAUAAAAUAGCAGAGAUCUAUAUUACUUCGAUUAAUUCCGUGAGUAUUAAAAACAAUUCAAUACAAUGGUUCGCUUUCACAUCACUCACCAAUUGCAGACCUGUAAGUAAUUCAACUUUGAAACUUUCUCAUUUAAUAAAGAAAUGAUUAAAAAUGACAAUAAACGGAAUAAGAGAUAAUAAUAAUUAUGUUUUUUCCGUGAAUUUAUUAAUUAAAUAUUUGUGCAUGAAACCGUGAAAUAAUUAAAAAGAAUUAAAAAUAAAAAAAGCUAUACUCGGAUAUCAUUAACUAAUCUUCAUUUCUUGUCUCUUUCGGAAGUUAAAUAAUAGAAUCGAUGGCAGAUUCAUUGAAAUAAAACAAUUGUUAUAAGAAGAAUAACACAAAAAGGAAGAAAUGGCUCAAGAAUUAAAUUGGAGUGAGAAAAAUAAUCAAGGAUAUAUUAUAGGACAAUGGCAAGUUCACUAAAAUGUCUCAUCAUGGAUGUACGUAUUAAACAACGAUUUCCUAAAUUAAAAUGAUGAAUAAUCGAACAAUCAAUCGAUUAAAAUAAGUCCAAAUCGUUGUUUUAAUUUAAAAAUUAUAUUCUCAGAAAAUAUGUCAUCAUAUCAUUCAUUUAAAAAUAUUAUUUAGGAUUUAUAUAAUAAGUUAUGUCUCAUUUAAAAACUUGAAUAUAAUUGUAAAAAAUAUUAAGGUAUGUGUGCUGAUUGUAGCAUCGUUACCAUCGCAUUCUCGCGUCAGGCGGAGGUGUUGCCAUUCUCGCAUGGACCUGGGAGAAUGCCCCCAGAUUCACGACUUAGCCCUUCGGGCUGACUAUGAGGCAGCGCAGAAGAAGAAGGAUCAUUUUUAUGAUAUUGAUGCUAUGGAACAUCUUCAAAAUUUUAUUGCUGACUGUGAUCGUCGUACAGAACAAGCAAAGCAACGUCUUGCAGAAACGCAAGAAGAAUUAAGUGCUGAAGUCGCAGCAAAAGCAAACAGCGUUCAUGUUUUGGCUGAAGAAAUUGGAAAAAAAUUAGCAAAAGCUGAGCAACUUGGAGAGGAAGGUUUUGUUGAAGAAUCAAUGAAACUUAUGGGAGAAAUUGAUGAAUUAAGAAAGAAAAAGAAUGAAGCUGAACAGGAAUAUAGAAACAGCAUGCCUGCUUCAAGUUAUCAACAGCAAAAAUUAAGAGUUUGUGAAGUAUGUAGCGCAUACUUGGGAAUUCAUGAUAAUGACAGACGAUUGGCUGAUCACUUUGGUGGAAAACUUCAUCUAGGAUUCAUCAAGAUUCGUGAAAAACUUGCUGAACUAGAGAAAAUUGUUGAAGAACGACGUAAAGAGAAACGCGAGACAAUGAUGGACAGAGACAGACAUCGCGACAGAGAUGAUAGGGAUCGUGAUCAUCGUGAUUCGAGAAAUGACAGAGGACGAGGACUUGGCUAUCGAGAUCGGGAACGCGACCGUGAUCGCAGGGAGAGGAGACGAUCGCGAUCACGAAGUCGCAGCCGUGGAAAAAGGUCCAGACGAUCGCGCAGUGGCAGUCGUAAUCGUAGGUCCCGUUCGCGGCGAAGUGGAUCUAAUGAUCGCAAGAGAUAAACAGUUGAUAAGGACGAGGUAAGACAAUGACGGUGACGUAAGUGACGAUGACGGGAUAUCACAUACAAUACAGUCUUAACCCUUUAAUGGACUAGACGGUUUUUAAUCUUCAUCGGAUACCCAUCCCGGUGUAAAAAAUAUCAUUCUUUGCUGAAACAUAAUGUAAGCUCAUAAGCUAAUAAUUUUCAUAUAUAAAUUUGAUCUUAUCAAUUGAA